ACUCGUCCAAUAUGGCGAUCUUUCGAUGAUGGCUAAAAAGCUGUCAGGGUGUACUGUACCCCCUAUCAUAAGCUUUAUACGUAACAAAAAAUGAUGGAAUCCUAUUAUAUAGGUGUGGACGUUGGAACAGCUAGCGUCCGUGCUGCUCUGAUUACCCACGAUGGAAGAAUCGUUUCAUCUGCGACGAAGCCAUUGCAAAUCUGGCAGCCUCUAACUGAUUACUACGAGCAGUCAUCAGAGGAUGUAUGGAGAAAUGUAUGCUUAGUUGUUAAGGUAUUUUCCAAAUUUUUGUUUUGCGUUUGUGAUCCUUUGGAAGUUUUUUCGCAAACACACCACGAUAAUCACUGCAGGAGGGAAGGGGAGAGGUAUCUUUUUAUCAUCGCGUAGGAUAAGGUUAGAGGAAGACAGUGGAGGGUAGUAAAGGACAGGAUGUGCCCUCCUGCAGCUCUGUCCUAUGUAGUCUAUCUAAUACUCUAUCUAUCUAUCUCUCGAACUAAUCAACCCACUAAGGGGUAUUUGAAUCAGGAUCAAAUUUCUCGUAGGCUUUGCAUUUGUGAUCAUUUACUCACAGGCAGGCAGACAGAUGGGAGGACAGGCAAAUAGACAGAGAGGUAAUCAUUUUAUGAUUGUCGUGAUUCUGAUCAAACAUUUCACUGACUUUUGCGAUUGAAGGCGAUAUGGCAAAGUGAUUGAAAAGUUAGCUCUAACUGUUGGAGAAUAGUAAGAGGCAAAUUGAAUGGGGUAUACUGAAGUUUACUAUUCGUGUACCAUCAUUCUAUACCUUUUUUGCAGGAGGUUGGUGCCAGUCUUACUGACAAGAGAAUGGUGAAAGGGAUAGGUUUUGAUGCAACAUGUUCCCUGGUGACUUUAGAUUCUUCAGGAGGUCCUGUCACUUGCAGUCCUUCCAAAGAACCUCACAGAAAUAUUUUAAUGUGGCUGGAUCACCGUGCCAUGGAACAGGCUAAAAGAAUCAAUGAUACAAAACAUAAAGUGUUAAAGUAUGUCGGUGGAGCUACCUCACCAGAAAUGGAGAUUCCAAAAAUGCUGUGGCUAAAGGAAAAUUUACCAACAGACUGUUGGGAUAAAUGUGCUCUCUUUUUAGAAUUACCUGAGUUUCUCACUUACAGGGCAACUGGUGAUGAAACAAGGUAAGUGAUACAUAGAUCCUUAUUUGUAACAGUUAACAUAAAGUUAGAUAAAAAUGGACAAGAAAGCUGGAAAACAAUGGUGCUUUUCAUAUGUUAGAGAUAUUAUUUUAAAUCUCUUGCAAUUUUUCUGGUCUCAGGUUGAAAGAAAAGUGGCAGUAAUCAUUCAUACUUGAAUAUCAGAGUAAAUAAUAAAUAUAUAUAUAUCAUAUAAUGAUAUGUAAAUUAUAUUAUUAUAUUAAAUUAUAUUAUUUUAUAAAUUAUGUAUUAUGUUAUAAAUUAGAUAUAUUAUAUGUUAUAUAUAUAUAUUUUGUGUGUAUAUAUACCCAUUUUUGAAAAUGUUCCAAAUUUGCAAAUGUAUAUUAAAUAUAUGUAGUUUCUACCUUUUAUUUUCUCAUCAAAAAUCUACAUUUUUUGAUAAGAGAACAAAAGAUAUCUAUAUUUAAUACAUAUUUUAAAUGUUGCAAUGUUUUUGAGAAGGGGUUUUAUAUAUAUAUGCAUGUAUAUAUGUAGAUCAUUGUUAUGGUUCCAUUAGAUGUUUGUGUUAUACACAAUAUAUUUUUCUGUUAACCAUUUAACUCCCAAGAUCUGAUUGUAAAUUCUCCCCUUUAGCUGCAACACAUUCCCUUGUAAAUUUGUAGUGAUAAUUUGGUGUUAGAUCAAGAUGGCAACUUCUACCUGAUAUAUUUGAUUAUUCUCAUGACCUGUUUGCUGGAUAGUAUAUAGAUAUUGUAGGGGGAAGUUACAUGGGAAUCACUUGUGGGAGUUAAACAGUUAACAGGUAUGACACUGCAGUUUUUUUGUUUAAAAAAUCAGAAAGUUAUAAGUAAUGGAUUAUCUAACAAAUAAUUACUUGACAGUCAGUGUUUGGGUAACUCACCAAAGUAAUUAUGAUGACUGUGUACUUUGCCUGCUGGUAAUGAAAAAUCACUCUUUUCAAAAACAACAAACAUAUUUUGUUAGGUCCAUGUGCUCUCUUGUGUGUAAAUUUAAUUACAUGGGACACGGAUCUCAAAUACUGGAGGGUAAGUGACAUUUUUGUCAUUCAGAAAUUUUAUUUCAAUCAUUAAAUUUAAAAUUCAAAUUAAUGAAGAGAAUUGAUCCACUUAGACUUGACUCACAACCUCAAAAGAAAAGUGGAGUGACCUGAACAUUCUGAAUCAAUGUCAGUAUCCAAGCAACUGCCCAUCUACCCCUCCCCUAAGCCAAAAUUUAUCCUUACUUGUUAUCAGUUGAAUGUUGGGUUGGGAGGGGUAGGUGUACAGAUGCUCAGAUACUGACUUAUGACAGACUGGCUGACUCAUGGAGUGAAUUCUUUCAGAUGCCCAUUACAGAACUGAUAAUAUAUAGAUUUAGCCAAGCCUAAAAGUGGAGCUCACAUUUUUUUUCCUGCACGUCUUAAGGGCACAACAUCUUGCCCUGGCCAGGACUAGAACCCAGGUCAUCCAACUCGGAGCCCAGUGCACUGACCACUGGACUACUGGACAAAGCCAUGAUGUUGGCAUGCCCACAGUACAAUUGACCACACAUGUUAAAAGUAGCACCUUGUACAGUCGUACAUCCAAAUUUUUUCGGCUUGAUGGGUUACUAUUAUUUUGUAUAAUUAUGGGGCUAUGCUCUGCAAGCUCUGCUAUGAAUCAAUCUACAGAAUGUUGAGGAAUUACUCCUUUAGGGAAAAAAUUUUGUGCUCAGGAUGCUUAAAAAAGUUGAUUUGUGGCCAGACUCUAAUAGGUGACAUUAUGCUAAUGCUGAUGGCAACAUUAUUGAUGAAAAAUAUGUCUCAAUCAACUUAAUUUUUCAUGGCAGGUUCAACAAGUGGAUGGAUUGACUCAUUUUUGGAAGCAGUUGGACUCGAAGAUCUUGUAAACACUAAAUAUUCCAAACUGGGUAGAGCUACAGCAUUGAUAUGUUUUUUUUAUUUUUAGUUUUUGUCUUUGAAUUAAUUUUAUGAAAACUAUUUCUUUUGAUUUGUCCUGCAUUGGAAUUUAAUAAUAAAAUAUAUGAAAAGUUAUGACAACUAUUAAAUUUGCUUUCUCUCUAGUAUCCUGUGAGCCUGACCAGUUAUUUAUUUUUUUUCCUACUUUUUUUGAGGGGUAAAAGUUGGUAGCCCCGGGGAACCUGUUGGUAAAGGUUUGACAAAAAAUGCUGCAGCAGAACUAGGAUUAUGGGAAGGAAUGCCUGUGGGUACUUCACUCAUUGAUGCACAUGCUGGGGGCUUGGGUAAGAGUUUUGCUUUUGAUGAUAAGUGUCAUUGUUUCUCUAGCAAUGUACUUACUGCCAAUUUGAAUUUCAAUAUUUCUUCUCAAGGUGUCAUUGGAGCUUAUCUAGGUUCACUUCUUACGGAUGAUAAACCAUUGACUUCACGUCUGGCUGUCAUUUGUGGAACAUCAUCAUGUCACAUGGCUGUAAGUUGAUAAAUUGUCAUCUUGCACAAUCAGUUAGUUGAGCUGUCAUUUGGUCUCUCAUCCACAAGUCAGCCAGUCUGUCAUAAGUCAGUUUAUGUGGUGGUGGGUCAGUCAGUCAGUCAGUCAGUCAAUCAGUCGGUCAGUCUAAGUAAGUUUAUUCUUCCUUGUAUUAAUCAGUUGGUGAGUCAGACAGAUGUCAGUCAGUCAGCCAGUAAUUAGUCAUUCUCAUGUCAGUCACCUAGUCCAUUAGUUUUUUUAAAUAAAUGUGUAUUUCAUCAGUCAGUGAGACAGUCACUUGGUAGUCAUCCAGUCUGUCUGCAGCUACUGUAAUCAGCAGUCAGUAUACUUAGUCAUUGAAUACCAGUUUAAUUUAAGUUUGAAUUGUAUUUUAUCAAUUUUUAUUGACUUAAUAUUUUUGUGUUGCAGAUUAAUGAAAAGCCAGUGUUUGUGCCAGGGGUCUGGGGCCCAUACUUCUCUGCUAUGGUACCAGGCCUGUGGUUGAAUGAAGGAGGCCAAAGUGUGACUGGGAAACUGGUUAGAGCUGCAGUAUAUCAUUUUAUACCCAUUCUGUAAAUAUUUCUUUGAAAAAAACACAGAAACACAACUAAGGGUAAACUUGUUUGUAUUGUUUUUGCAAGGCUGGCUGAAAUUAGUCUAGCUGUACUGAUAUGAGUCUUAAUUGUGGUAGAUUGAUCAUCUUAUUGAGACACAUGUGGCUUACACAGAGCUGAAAGAAAUAGCUGAGAAGAGGUUUGUUUUAUUUUUUAUUUUUUACUUGGAGUUAUCCUGUCUCAUAACUCCUGCAUUGCUACACAAAGUCUUGAUGUAAUUAUAUAAGCAUGUUAGCCUGUUAUUAUUUUUGCAUUUUGGAACAAUCUUAGCUCUGGUCACUUUAAAGAUUGAGACAGCAUUUCUUCCUUGUAUAAUAAUAAAAAAAUUUCACCCAGAAAUUCAAUAACCUUCCAUUCAUAUUCUUUUCUUUUCACUCUCUCAGCAAUUGUUCCCUGUAUGAGGAACUUAACAGACAUGUGACCACCUUGGCAGAGAAGCGUCAGCUUGAUAACUUGGCAUUGUUGUCACGCGACUUUCACCUGCUUCCAGAUUUCCAUGGAAACAGAUCACCCAUAGGAGAUCCCAAAAUGACAGGAAUGGUAUAGAUAAAGACUUUCUUAUAUUGCUUGAGUUUUAGCUGUUCCUGGUCCCUCUCACUUAUAGUCUGCUUUUGUGUGAAUAUUGCGUCAUUAGGUUGAACCUGUUGUCAAAAUCAAAUAUAAUUCUGUUUCCCUCUGGUCAUUGUUUUUAAAACUUUUACUCUUAACACCUCAGUAGUUCUUAGAACAUUUGAGUUAUUAGAAUUCAAUAAUACUUUAUUACCUUAAAAAUUUGUUCUGAUUCCUCUCUUGCUUCUUUCCUUUCUGACUCUGGACCUGAAUGUUUGUUAAAUGUUACUUACUAUCCUUUCAUCUGGUGUCAUUUUUUUAAACAAAUUUUGAUAGUACUAAACACAGCCCUGUCGUGUCAGUAUUUACUCAGUACAUCUGUUCUUUCAAGUAGAUUUGCGGUUUAACUCUCACUACUGAUCUAGACAACCUGGCUGUUUUGUAUCUCGCUGCACUUCAGGCCCUUGCAGUAAGUAUGAACAACAUUAGCACAAUUUCCAAUCAACUGUACGGAGAAUGAUUCAGUAUUGUUUGUCAUAGUAGUUGUCAUUGUCAUUUUCUUUUCCUUUAAUAGACCUGUUCUUCAUUGUGGUAGUAUUUAAUUUCAAACAGACACUGAAACAGUUGAGGCAACAAAAACUUCAACAACAGUAAACAUUCAGUUCCUCUGGAAGUUAUCUUCCCUGGGAGGUUUUCGACAACAUGUUGUCCUACUGACCUUUUGGAUAGAAAGAGUUAUUGAUAGAAAAAUUCACCCUUUCCUCUAUCUCCAUUUAUGCAGAAAUUAUAUAGUACUUGUUUAUCACAAUGCAAUGUAGUAAACUGCUGCUUUCCUGUUGUUUGUUCCCACCAGCAUGGAACUCGCCAUAUUGUGGAAUGUUUGAACAAAGCAGGACAUUCUAUUGACACUCUGUUCCUCUGUGGUGGCCUCAGUAAGAAUGAAUUGUUCAUCCAAACACAUGCUGAUGUGACAGGUAUGUUCAUUCUUGUAUAUUUUCUGAUCUACUACACUUCAAUAGAGUCAAGAGGUAAUGCUUCUGGUUGUGAUCUGAGCUAGGUGAUAUUAAGGAAAAAUUAAUUCUCAUCUUUUUGCAUCAAUUUAGUCAUUAAUAGAGUUAUAACUUAAAAUAGAGUCAUUUUGUUAUUUGACUUGUAGGUUUUCCUUGUAUUUUACCGCGUGAGAGUGAAUCAGUGCUUGUUGGCGCAGCAAUUCUUGGAGCAUGCGCAUCAGGGGAUUUUUCUUCAAUCCAGGUGGGUGCCUGAGCAUUCCUCACUAUUCACCUGACGGUAGUAUGUCAUAUUUUGGACAGUGAUGUUUGAAAGAGGACAAAGCUCUCUUGCCCAACCAAAAUUAAAUCUAAUUUUUUUCUAACCAGUGUAAGUUGUAGAUGGAACAAUUUUGGUUUGAGCUUUGUGCCAGAACGACAUCGAGUUACAUUGAUGUAUAAUUCAUUUACACUAUACUAACAUGAAAUAACAUUUCAAAAUACUUUAUGACACACUUAGACUGUCUACAGGUCAUAAAACAAACUACUCUCUUUACAGAAGAUAUAUGCAGUAACUGAAAACAAAUGUAGCUAAGUCCCUCAAAUUUUCUCAGUCUUCAAGGAGUUUUCUGUUUUACUUUGAGUUCUUCUUGGUUUCUUGUAGGUUUUCCUUCGCUCUGAUUCCUGUUUUGAUUACUUUUGUUUUGGUUUCACAUCAGUCAAUCAAAAGGAAAAUCAAGUGGGAAGGAUUUAAUUGUACCCUGAAACCCAGAGAGGGUUUGGUACAUAUCCCAUUCAUCAGGUCAUCUUAUUUAUUAUUUUGCUUUUGUCUAAAGGAAGCUAUGAAAAGCAUGAAUGCUGCAGGAAGAGUUGUAAAGCCACAAGAAAAUUUGAAAGAGUAAGGAAAAAGUAACUCUACUCUCUGUGGGAAUAUUUUGGUGGCACUUGAGUAUGACAUAGUUAGAGGAGCAAGAAAAAUGAAAACAACCGAGCUGCAUAUCAGGUUAAGAGAUCCUCACCAUCCUUUAGCUUAUUAUGAAUGAACGAAAUAGGGAAGGAACGCAUGCAUGGAAUAGAUUGACUUAUGGAUAACUAUGUGAUAUAAGAUCAAGUCUAGAUGGGGAGACGUUGAAUUGAAUUGUUUUGAAAUGUAGGGAGAGGAACAAAUUAGUUUGAAAAACAGGGAAAUUCACCUGGAAAAGAACAAUGGUUUGAGUCACAACAAAAUGAUCUCAAUCUUCUUUCCUACUUGAGGGCUUGACAACCAAACACUCAGCUUAGACAUGGUGUAUGGUUGAGGAAAUAGGCUCUGCCAUGAAACAUUCCAAACGAUAAAGAAACAGAGAAAUGCUUCACGCUCCUAAAACUUGUGUUCCUUGUUUGUCUCAUUUCAGGUUUUACGACAAAAAGCACCAAGUUUUUUUACAGAUGUUGAAGAUCCAAAUGGACUUUAGAGAAUUAAUGCAGGAUUAAAGUUUUCAUUGUGCACCUGUGCAAGACUUGUUAACUUUAAAGAAAUGCCCUGAAGACUGAUUUCCUGCACGAACACCUUCAAUAGGCCACUCAGAAUAUUGAAAUGGUAGAAUAGUGUCAAUAAGUUAGAAAACAAGGGUUAGGUCCUGGACUCAAAAUGCUCAUCAACAAAAUCUUACUGUUACAGUAUUCUUAUGAUUAUAUCUGAUUAAAAAGGUAUUAAUAUUAAAAAGAAAGAACUUGACUGGUUCUCAGUUGUAUGCAGGUUUCAAAGCAACAUCUCUUUUAUGGACCGGAAAAAAUUCCCUCUGGGUAUUGGAAAAGUUGAAAUGGGU